CAGUUAUAAAUGUAACAAAUAUGCUCUGUCAUGCAUUCCUCAAAGUUAUCAUUUCAAACUUAAGAGCUAGUGCUCUUCUAAUUUCCCAGUCAAGAGAGUGAAGAGUUACUCCUUAAAGUACAAGAUGGUAAGACCUAUGAAAGUUUGCCUGCAAUGGUCCCUCAAGUUCACAAAUUUAACUAUAGGAUGUCUGGGUACUACAAUGCUUUUUUAUGGUAUAUGGAUGAUUAGAGUUUGGCAGCGUGAUGCUGCGGACUCACAUUCAUCCCCUGAUUACGAUCAUUUCCCAUGGUACAUCCAUGCAUUUCUUGGUAUUGGCACUGCUUUGUGUGCUAUCACUUGCCUUGGCCAUGUUGCUGCACACUCUGGCAACUACUAUUGCCUCUCUUCUUAUAUGUUCAUCAUAUUUGUGCUGCUUCUAUCAGAGGGUGUAAUGGCAGCUGAUGUUUUGUUGAAUGAUGAGUGGGAGAAGGAUUUACCAGAAGAUCCAUCAGGAAGGUUUGAUGAGUUCAAGGAGUUUGUGAUAUCGAAUAAGGAUUUCUUCCGAUGGAUUGCCCUGUUUAGUGUUCUAGCACAGGGGUGUUCUAUGCUAUUUGCUAUAAUGCUAAGAAUUAUUGGGAAAGUUAAGGAGUAUAGUAAUGAGAAUGAAGGUGAAUAUUCAGAAACAUGGUCUCCACUUCUGCGCCCACCAGAACUGCCACCAGCUACAGUGUAUCCACCAUAUGUUAUUGGUGAACCAGUCUACAAGAGUGUUUGAGUUUUGGAAGAGAAAAGUUUUUGCAGAAGCUGAAGUGAAUGAAGCUUUCCUUUAUGGGAGGAAGGUUGCUGAGGCAACACUUAGUAGCACAACUCAAAUAUUGAACUUGAAAUUUGGAGAUUGGGACUAAGAUAUAACCUGCCUAGGCAGUUUAGCUAGGAAUAUUGGUUAUGCUAUGUAGCUUCUCCAAUUUCUUAAGAAUGAAUUUUAUAGAAAUAGAUAAGACCACAAUGUAUAUUUAAUAGUACCAUUUUGAUGUUUUCAGUAUCACAAUGAAUUAUCACAAUGAAUUAUAUUUGUCGAA